AGAGGCAGCCUCGCCAGGGCUGAUUGGCUCCGGAGGCCAGCCCUCUCCAUGCGGUUUAUAAGAGUUGGGGCUGCCCAGGGCGCCCUGCCGGUUCUCCGCGAUCCAGGAGCCACCACCGGGCUCCCAGAGUGCGCUCCACGUUGAGGUCCCGCUUGGCCCCGAGCCUGCUUCGAGGCUGCCUUUGGAGUUGGCGGUGGGCAGAAGAGAAAGGGAGGGAGCGGUAGAGGGAGGACAGCGCCCGAGAAAGCGGGCCGAGCGCCAUGCGCCGUGCCAGCCGAGACUACACCAAGUACCUGCGCGGCUCCGAGGAGAUGGGCAGCGGCGGCUCCGGCGCCCCGCACGAGGGCCCACUGCACGCCCCGUCGCCGCCCGCACCCGCUGCGUCGCACUCGCCUCCUGCGGCCUCACGCUCCAUGUUCGUGGCUCUCUUGGGGCUGGGAUUGGGCCAGGUGGUCUGCAGCGUCGCUCUGUUCCUUUACUUUAGAGCUCAGAUGGAUCCGAAUAGACUAUCUGAAGAUGGCACUCACUGCAUUUAUAGAAUUUUGAGACUCCAUGAAAAUGCAGACUUGCAAGACACAACUUUGGAGAAUGAAGACACAAAAUUAAUACCUGAUUCGUGUAGGAGAAUUAAACAGGCCUUUCAAGGAGCCGUGCAAAAGGAGUUACAACAUAUCGUUGGGUCACAACACAUCCGAGCAGAGAAAGCUAUGAUGGAAGGUUCCUGGUUUGAUCUGGCCAAGAGGGGCAAGCCUGAAACUCAACCUUUUGCUCAUCUCACUAUUAAUGCCACCAAUAUCCCAUCAGGUUCCCACAAAGUGAGUCUGUCCUCUUGGUACCAUGACCGGGGUUGGGCCAAGAUCUCCAAUAUGACUUUGAGCAAUGGAAAACUAAUGGUUAACCAAGAUGGCUUCUAUUACCUGUAUGCCAACAUUUGCUUUCGACAUCAUGAAACCUCGGGAGAUCUAGCAACCGAGUAUCUUCAGCUGAUGGUCUAUGUCACUAAAACCAGCAUCAAAAUCCCAAGUUCUCACACCCUGAUGAAAGGAGGGAGCACCAAAUACUGGUCAGGGAAUUCAGAGUUCCAUUUUUAUUCCAUAAAUGUUGGAGGAUUUUUUAAGCUACGGUCUGGUGAAGAAAUAAGCAUUGAAGUGUCCAACCCUUCCCUACUGGAUCCAGAUCAAGAUGCAACGUACUUUGGGGCUUUUAAAGUUCGAGAUAUAGAUUAAGACCUAUUCUGUGGAGCAUUAUCACAUAUUUCGUAGAUAUUUGGAAACAUCACUUAAACAAACCAAGAAAUAUGUAUAUAGGUGUAUAAGACUACUAAGAGGCAUGGCCCACAAUGGUACAGACUCAUUAUCCAUGCUCUCAACCCUGUAGACAAUAUGCAUAUGUACAGCCAAUGGGUGAGCUUGGACUUAUGGUAGCGUGUUACACAAUGGUUUUACAAUUUUGUAAUGAAUUCCUAGAAUUAAACCAGAUUGGAGCAAGUAUGGUUGCUCUUUGGGCUCCAAGAGGGGUGAGCUCUCUGGAUCAAACCCAUGAUUUAUGGGCCACUGUGCACCUCAAGUGGAGAGGGUAUCAUCUCAUUGUAAACAGAUGAUCUUCUGAAGGGUUAAGUUCUUUUGAAUUGUUACAUCAUGCUGGAACCUGCAAACAAUACUUUUUCUAGUGAGGAGAGAAAAUAUAUGUAUUUUUAUAUAAUAUCUAAAGUUAUAUUUCAGAUGUAAUGUUUUCUGUGCAAAGUAUUGUAAAUUAUAUUUGUGCUAUAGUAUUUGAUUCGAAAUAUUUAAAAAAUGUCUCACUGUUGACAUAUUUAAUGUUUUAAAUGUACAGACAUAUUUAACUGGUGCACUUUGUAAAUCCCUUGGGGAAAACUUGCAGCUAAGGGGGAAAAAUACUGUUUCCUGAUAUCAAAUGUAGUAUAUUUCUUCAUUCUUUUUAACUUAAUAGAUUUUUUUUCAGACUUGUCAAACCUGUGUAAAAAAAAAUUAAAAUGGAUGCCUUGAAUAACAAGCAUAGGUAUGUUGGCUACCAGGUGCCUUUCAAAUUUAGAAGCUAAUUGACUUUAGAAAGCUGACAUUGCCAAAAAGAAUACAUAAUAGGCUACUGAAAUCUGUCAAGAGUAUUUAUAUAAUUAUUGAACAGGUGUCUUUUUCUACAAACGCUGCAAAUUGUAAUUUUUUUUUAAAUAGAAAAGCUACUAGUGGUUUAUCAGCGAAGAAUAACCCAAGUUUUAAGUUAGUGGGAAUUAUUUUAUACUGUACAAUAAAAACAUUGCCUUUGAAAGUUAAUUUUUUUUUGGUACAAAAAUAAAUUUAUAUGAAACCUG